AUGAGCGUGACAAUCGGCCUUUGGGAGAGGGCCGUCUCCCUUGAACACAUGACGAGUGUUCGAGAUCUUCAAUUGGCAUUGGAACAGAAGGAAAGAGAGGUGAGGCAGAAGGAUCUGAGAAUCGACAGUUUGGAAAUGGAAAUAAGAGCAAAGAAUAUGUUCAUUAAACAACUGCAAGCUGAAUUGGAAAAGUUUCGCAUGGCGAUGAAACCUUUGGCACACAGACUGGUGACGAAGGAGGUGCCAUUCCCCGUUUCCGUCAAUGGUGAAUGGGAUUAUGUUAAAAAUUCUGCACCUGAGUUCAGAUCCAAAAGGCUAGCUAUAUCGGCCGAACCAACUGCCGAAAGAUUACCUAGUGUCUGUUUAAAUAAGAUACCAAAGAGUGCUAAGUGA